CUACACAGUACUGGGUUUGAUCAAUCUUACAACACUCGACAACAGAUGCGGGAUAGCAGGUCAAAAUGCACAGGCGGAAAUGCUCAAGCAAGAUCGUCCACACAGGUUGCCGAUGCGGCUGUGUGCAGCACGUGGCUGUGUACUAUAGCUCAGCCUCGUUUCUGCCUACCACAGCCCAGCCGCAGCCGACGUCUGAAGCACUCGUCCAUCACAGCUCGAGUCGGCAGAUGAAGCCAAUCGAUAUCUGUAUACUUCAACUGCCAUUCAUGUCUCCUACGUGUGCACAGGUCUAUCAACGGAUCUCAUUAAAGUACAGGCAACGUCGAGUCCCUCCACGCGGUUCCUCCUGUGGCAAUGGCCGAGGCCAUUGGCCUUGCGCUUGCGAUCGCACCCCUUAUCAUAUCUGCUGCCGAACAUUACUCAGCCGCUGCGAGAUGCAUCAAGAGAUAUUGCAGAUAUAAAGAGGGACAAGAAGAGUUGGUAUCGGUGGUGGGCAUCCAACGCACAAUAUACCGAAAGACGGUCGAACGGCUCCUGGCAUACGAUAUCGGUUUUGGAGACGAGUUGGCGUCGGAGAUGCUCAAAAACGCAGAUCACCCACGAUGGCAAGAUGAAGAGAUCGACACAUACUUCGCAGAGCGCAUGGCCGACUCGAGUGAGGCGCUGAAAACCUCGAUUCGCUUGCUUGACGCCCAGCUCAAGGUAUUGAAUUUCGACCAGGCCGAGAACGGCAGCCGUCCGGGCUUUGGAGAGAAAUUGCAUUUUGCUCUGUCGAAUGCUCAGAUACAAGAAACUAUCACCAACAUCAGGCGGUACACUAAGGAUUUCCGCACUCUGAUCGAACAGACGACCCUUCCGCGAGCCAGAGACGCUGUUUCGAAGCCAAGCUGGGCAACACGCAACAGGGUAGCCAAACUCGCGGCUGUCAAAGAUGCUGCGGACAGCCUGUAUGAGGCACUGGGGCAAGCGUGUACAAAGCACACGACACACCAUGCCCAUUUAAGUCUUGGUCCCGCACAUGGAGAUUCUUCACAUGUACGCUUUACCAUAGCCUUCAGAAGGACCACACUUCAGUCAGCCAGCUGCGACAGUCAGAGCAGCGAAUUGAACCAUCCAACGUGGUUGACGAUUGAGUCUCUAGUUACGGGCACCAUUCACAGCGCGGAAACUGGCAAUUUGCUAGCAGAAGUUGCCUCGCGACAUAAGCGACCACGACAAUCCUCAUCUCCGUCUGAGGCUGUCAGGAAGCCGAAGAAGUUGGUGAAGUCAGUCAAAUUUCAUCCAAGCACAGGCCCAACAGCGCCUCCAACCAUGAUUGCUACACCGCCCAGUCCUCCAGAAUCGGAAAUCCUGAACUUCUGCGCCCACAGCAACCUUUGCAAUCGUCUAAAAAGACUUGUCGGACAGCCAUUGCGAAGCCCCCAACCUUGUGUCGGCUAUCUUGAAUGUUCGGGGAAGUCGAAGCAUCUUGUAUACAUCAACUCUGAAGUACAAACUAUAACGGCUAGCAAAGGUCUAGCGUUGAAGCCUCUCCGCGACGUCUAUACCGCACUCCGAGAUGUAAAUAGGUUGGGCACUGGUAUUCCGCGGCACGAGCGGAUCACGCUAGCCAAGCAGCUUGCACUUGCUGUGCUCCAAUUCCACGCGACGCCCUGGCUCACCAAUUCAAUCGCCAGUGAGGACGUCUUUCUCCUUGGAGUCGACGAGCAUUCUCUACACAUGCAAACGCUUGCAAAUGCGCCAUAUGUAAGUGUUUCGAUCAAAGGACCACAUGGGCCCUUGGCCAAACGUACCACGUUCCCUGGCAGGACUCUCAUCCGGAACCGGAUCCUUUUCAGUCUUGGGAUUAUGCUCCUGGAGUUGGUGUACCAGGCGCCCUUGAAGGCUCUUCAGAAGCCCGCCGACGUAGAUGCCCAUGAGGCUCAGAACACGGACUACUACACGGCGGAUCGCGCACGACAUGACGCUGCCAGUAUGUUGGGUCCUCGAUACGCGGAAGUGGUCAGGAAAUGUAUCCAAUGUGAUUUCGGGCAUGGAUCUGAUCUGGGGAAGACUAAGCUGCAGGAAGCCUUCCACCAAGAUAUCAUCUGCGAGCUGGAGGAGUUGGAGGAAAGAUUUCGCAAGUUUGCGGUGACAAUCUGAGCGGAAUACCCGCAAUGGGCGAUUGUUGAUAGUGGGAAAGUCUCGUGAUAUACUCGCUACCAUGCUGCUUUUCCAUUACAACGGUCAACUGUGGCUGAGAGUGGAGAGUGACAGGAAUGGGGGCCAUUGAUUCCGGGCAUCCAUCGCCUAGAGAUGAUACCUCGACAGAGACCGGAGAUGGCGGAAGCCACCAUUGUCGUAGACCACUGCCCUGGCAUCUGGCAUCUGGCAUCCGGCCUCAGGCCUCAGGCCUGAAUGCCUUGAUCUAGAAGCAUAACCGUCGCGCCCUUCUCCACAUGGAUGGG